AUGACAAAGAGAAAAGGUCAGGAGCUGCAGGAGAUCAGCGUCGAGAAAGAUGGUGCAAAUGUGGUAGUUUCGGGGCUACCAGACGACAUUCUGCGUGGGAUUCGUGAAGACGAUCCAGCAGUGGUGUUCGAUUGGGACCCUGAAAACCUCAACGCAACCGUGGUGACGAUCAAUGCGGCCGGCGCAGCCGGUGGCGUGCCUCCGCUAUGGAUUGGGGCUGCUUAUCCAGUUACAGCAUCGCAGCUGCAACACACCCGCGUGCAAGGCCAGGCUGGAGCUGGAGGGGUCCUCGGGAAUAGCAUCAUCGCCCCGAACAACAUGCAGCAGUAUGCCAAUGUCAAGGUGUACCUGUCCCAUUUGGGUCUGGAUCCGUUCUUCGCGGCCGCGACAGUGCCCAUCGCGAGGAUCUAUGUGCUGAUGGAGAACAAGAGAGCUUUGACAGGUGUCGCGGAUCCAGUGCCAGCUCCACCGGCAGGAGUUGCACUUGUACAGUAG